AUGUCUGAGAAUACGACUUCUGCUAAGGGCACAGCACAGAGCAUUAUUGCUCAUAUGAAUAAAGAUCAUAAACUUGCAUUAGAGGAUUUUCUUUAUGUAUUUGGUAAUGUGCCAAUCACAGACCAAAUCAGUAGCGUUAGAUUGAAAGAAUUUGAAUUGGACCACAUGACCAUAUUAUUCCAACAUGCUGCCAUUGAUUUUGAUAUUGAGAAGGUGAUUCCUUUUGAUCCACCUUUAAGCAGUUUCAGAGAUUCCAGAGACAGAUUGGUGUCGAUGGCCAAGGAGGCUGCCGAGAAAAGAGGAGUGUCGCACGUUAUGAUCAACGAGAUGUCGUAUCCUCGAGACUUUGUCGAAUAUUUGAUAAUAAUUCUAGUGUUCCUACCAAUAGUUGUUUUUAUGAAGAGAAGCCUUCUACAAUACUUCCCAUUACCGCAGUAUAUCAUCGAUUUUAUCUCCAAGGACGCCGUCUUGAUAUCAAUCAUCAUCGGUGAAAUUAUCUGCCAUGCAGCAGAGACCUACUUCUUAUUGAGACCGAGACUCAACUACCAUCGUGUUCCAACAGAUUUCCUUGUGGAGUGGUAUUUCUUCGGUAUGUUAGAAGGAUACCCUAUAGUCAAACGAUUCGAUGAUCUUGCAUACCAAAGAACACAUUAA